ACAAACUGUCAUGUUGCGCGUAAUGGAAUGUAUAACAUAACCUAAAAAGUAAAAUUCGUGUGAUUUUUCGUAAAUAAACCUAUAUUUAUUUCAAAAUGUUAACCAGACUAAGGUUCAGGCGAGAUUUUAGACUUGUAGCUAGAUGUUUAUCCGACAAACCUUCUGAUGAUGGGAAACCACCAAAACCGGAGAACCAACCAAAAACUCCGGAAGCACAGAAGAAAGCUACAGACACGGAGAAAAUACAACAACUCUUGAAAAGUAUGCUGACUGCUAAACCAGUAAUUUCUGAUGACGAAUAUAGCAAGAAGUUCACAGUCGCACCUGAAAGGAAGCGCAAACAGAAACCUGACGAGAUCGAACGAAAGACGGAGAAAAUAGAAGAAAGUCUGACCAAAGCGGCUGGUGAUGUGGCUCAGGCAAUUGGAGGUGAUGUGAAGCAGACAGAGGCUGAACUACUGUCUAAAGUCCUCGGAAAAAUUAACCAGACUUCUACAAACCUGAGUGACCUAAUAAUUGGUAUGAAGGUGGACCGUAGCAAGGAGAGUGAUGACUUGCCAAAUGCGACCAGGGGGCAGCAGGUGAAGAGGUUGGUCAGCCAGUCCCGGAGUGACCCACAGAAGACCAGAUUUACACAGAGGAAGACCAAGCCUCAAGAAGGUUUUGCUACUGGGAAGAGAAGUUUACCACAGGCCACAACUGUUAACAUAUUCAGCGGCGAACCUCUUGGCAUCUUCAAGGCCACUGACUCCAACUACGGCACCAAACUGGACGUAUGGGAGAGCCUCAAGCGAAGAGAGCUGUCAUUGGCCACCGCACAGCCACCCGCCAACUACUUCCAGAAGAUGAUACUAUGGACAGAGCAGGGGAAAGUCUGGAAGUUCCCCAUUGACAAUGAACAAGGAAUGGAGGAGGAGCAAAAUGUCCACUUCUCCGAGCACGUCUUCCUAGACUCCCUGCUCGAGGACUGGUGUCCGAAGAAGGGUCCUAUCCGCCAUUUCAUGGAGCUCGUCUGCGUAGGGCUGUCCAAAAACGCCUUCUACACUGUCAAGGAGAAACAAGACCAUAUCAUGUGGUACAAGGAAUACUUUGAGUCAAAGAAGGAUGUCUUGACAGAAGUAGGUGCGUGGGAUAUUAAGUCUGGGUCCGAGUCUCCAGAGGCGUCGACGCAAUCGUAAAUUUAGUAUUAAAUUAAUAAAUGUCUAGGUAGAUAA